UAAUAAUGUUUGCGAUUAUCUUAAACUAUAAAUUCGGAAGUAUUCUUACGGUAAAUAUUUUUUGUGCGUACUUUUAGGUUAAUUCGAUUCUCUUCCAACUCUUUAAAAAUGGUUAAUGUUAUGAAAGGCAUUCUUGUUAAAUGUGAUCCUGCAUUGAAACAAUUUCUGCUUCAUUUGGAUGAAACAUUGAAACUUGGUAGAAAGUUUAUCAUACAAGACCUGGAUGAAGAAUAUGUUUUUAUCUCUGAGGAUAUCAUGGAUGUCUUACAAGCCAAGAUCGACGACUUGCUUGAUCAGAUAGCAUUUCCAAUUGUUGACAAGCACACAUAACCUUCCAACUGAUUUAUUUGUGGAGAGUUUUGGCAGAUUGUUGAAAAAUGGCGCAUGGCAAAUCGCGUGGUUCAGCGCGACUUAAAGAGUCCGAACGUAUACGAAUCAUCGAUGAUUCUUCACGUAAACGUCUGAUGCGCAAAUUCCACGAAU